GAGGGGCGCGGCGCGGCGGGGCCGGGGCGCGGCGCGGCGCGGCGGGCGGCGGAGGGGGCUCCCCGCCGCGGCUCCUCGCGGGUCGGCGCCGCUCCGCCGGCGCGCCGGGACCCGGCUGGGGCAGCGGCCCGGGGGCAGCGCCGGGCGUCCGUGCGGGCAGGGCCGGGGCCGGGUCGCCGCUCCUCCCGCUCCCGUCCCGGGGCCAGAGGACCGGCUCCCGGCGGCGGCCGUCGCGGCAGCCCCGCUCCGGCUCCGGGGAGCCCGGGGUGUCCGCGGGGGCCGGGGCUCCCCGCAGCAGCGCAGCGGCCCCGUGGCUCAGCCUUUCAACGCUUUUCUCUUUUUCCAAGAAGGAAAAUCCGCGUCUCCGAAUGGGAAGCCCAGAAUAGCUGCCGGAGCCGGAGCCGGCGCCGAGCGCGCGGCCCGGGGAGCCGAAUCGCAGCUCCUCGCCGGGCGCGGGGCCGCGGCGGCGGCAGGGCCGGGGCGCACGGUGCCCGCUGACGGCCCUCUGCCCGCCCGCGGGUGCCGCGCGCCCCGAUGGCCCCCGGCGCGGCGUAGGAUGCGGCGGGCCGGCACGCGCCGCGGGCCGCCGCCGAUGGGGCCGCCGGCCUCGGCCAUGGGCGACGGGCAGCGGCUGCCGGGCAACGCGGCGGCCUGGCUGGCGUGCGCCGGCGUGGGGCUGCUCGCCAACGCCUGGGGCAUCCUCAGCGUCAGCGCCAGGCAGAAGAAGUGGAAGCCGCUGGAGUUCCUGCUGUGCGCCCUGGCCGGGACGCACAUCCUCAACGCCACCGUGCCCAUCGCCAUGUACUCGGUGGUGCAGCUGCGGCGCCGGCACGCCGGCUACGAGUGGAGCGAGGGGCUCUGCAAGGUCUUCGUCUCCACCUUCUACACCCUCACGCUCGUCACCUGCUUCUCCGUCACCUCCCUCUCCUACCACCGCAUGUGGAUGGUGCGCUGGCCCGUCAACUACAGGCUCAGCAACGCGCGGAAGCAGGCCGUGCACACGGUGAUGGGCAUCUGGAUGGUCUCCUUCAUCCUCUCCGCGCUGCCGGCGGUGGGCUGGCACGACACCGCCGAGCGCUUCUACGCCCGCGACUGCCGCUUCGUCGUGACCGAGAUCGGCCUGGGCUUCGGCGUCUGCUUCCUGCUGCUCCUGGGCGGCGGCGUGGCCACGGGCGCCGUCUGCGCCGCCAUCGCCCUCUUCCAGACCGUCUGCGGGCGGCCGGGCCCCGGCGCCGGCAGCAGCCGCCUCCGCGUGCCGGCCAUCGUGGUGGAGGACGCCCAGGGCAAGCGGCGCUCCUCCAUCGACGGCUCCGAGCCCGCCGACACCUCCCUGCAGAUCACCUCCCUCGUCGCCGCCAUCGUCCUCCUCUACGACGCCCUCACGGGCGUCCCCGUGCUGGUGGUGGGCUUCGCCAGCCUGCGCUCGGCCGCGGCCCGCGACUGGAUGGUGCUCUGCGUCAUGUGGUGCUCGGUGCUGCAGCCGCUGCUGCUGCCGCUCUCCCUCCGCGCCUGCGCCCGCUACCGCGCCGACCUGCGCGCCGUCUGCGGCAAGUGCCGGGCCCUGCUCUCCGACGGCGACGCAGAGAGCAGCCCGGAGGGGGCCGGCGCCGGCGAGCCGCCGUGCGACCGGCCCGGCGAGCGCGGCUACGGCGCGGAGGUCCUGCCGCUGGAGCGCGUCGCCCCGCGCGAGCUGCCGGCGCUGGAGCGGGGCCUGCCGCCGGCGCGUGCCCCGGCACCGGAGCCCGACGGCAGGAUGCAGUACCUGCAGGUGCCGCCGCUGCGGCGCUACUCGCACGACGAGACCGACAUCUGGACCAGCAGCCAGAUCGCGGCCUACCUGCAGCGCUGGGCGCCGGGCGAGGAGGCGGCGGGGCUGGCGCGGCUGCUGGCCCCCCGCCGCGACCGCCGCCGCCCGCCGCCCCGCCGCCGCUCCGCCGAGAGCCUGGCCUGCCCGCCGCCCGGGGCGGCCGCGCGGCGCUGGGCGGCGGGGGGCCCGGGGCGCACUGCCGCCGCGGCGGGCCCGCUCCCCGCCUUCCCCCUGGCCGCCCUCGAGCGGGAGCCGCGGCGGCGGGCGGCGGCGCCGGGCCCCGCGGGCGGCCUGGCCGUGCCGGGGCCGCGGCUGGCCCCCGAGGACGCGGUGCGGCUCUUCGCCGCGGGGCCGGGCCCCGGCGACGGCCGCGGCAGCACCAGCAGCUUCCUCAGCUCCCCGUCGGCCUCCUCCGGCUACCUGACCUUCCUCUCGGACUCGGGCGGCUCGGUCUCCUAGGGGCGGCCGGGCCCCGCCCCGCCCCGCCCGCCGCCGCCGCACCGGGGGACCCCGGCGGCGGGAGCCCCGGAGGAUGCUGCGCCCCGGACCCGCGCGUCCUGCCUCCCGCAGCCAGGACCACGUCCCGGUGCCCCGAGGCGCUGGGGGAGCGCGGCGCCGGGCCGCGGGGGGUGCGGGGCGGCGGGAGGGCGAGUGCCGGUGGCAGCGGGGAGGGACUGGCCCGGCCCUGCCGGUGCCCGGUGCCCGGUGCCCUGCUCCGCGCCGCCGCGCUGCCAUUAAACUUUCCACCCUGCGCGGCGAGCGGCCCCGCGGCCCCGGUGUGAGCGGUGUCGGGGGGACCCGGGGGGGGGGUGCGGGCCGGGCCCGGCGGGGCGGGAGGCGGCGCCGCCGGUCACCGCGUUCCCCGAGGCCGCCCGGUGGCGGCGGCUCGGGCUCGCAAGGACCUUCCCGAGCUCGGGGCCAGCGCGCGGCGACGCCCGGACUGACGCUCCGCCCGGCCCCGCCACCGUCCCGCCCCGGGGCGGCGCCGGGCCCGCGGGGCUCCACCCGCGCCGCCGGCGGUGCUCUCGCGAGAGCGGCGGCGCGAGCGGCGGGCGAGGCUGAAGUCUCGCGAGAGCGGCGGCGCGAGCGGCGGUCGAGGCUGAAGUCUCGCGAGAGCGGCGGGACGGCGGGGGUGAGAUGUCGCGAGAGCGGCGGGGCGGGGCGAGGGCGGU